AUCUCAAAUAAGCCGUUUGUAACUCAUUAAACGUCCUUUUAUCUUUGUCCUUUUACCAUUCUUUCAUCCAAAUAUAUAAUUUGUAUCAUAAAUGAUUAUGGGCAUGUAUUAAAAUAGAGAUCUUGAGUAUUUCUGCAAGUAUUUGAGAUAGGUUCUUUGGUAUUUCACAUGGGGUGGUGUUAUGUGGUUUGUUUGUUAUGUUGCAGCUUCAUUUUUGCGUAUGCAGAGGAUUUGAAGGAUGCUAAUGAAAGUGUAAAUAAUACUGUAUUUAUUGAUGGGAAGAGUUCCAUUGGGGAGACAGACGGUGAUUUUAUAUGUGCCACAAUAGACUGGUGGCCGCCUGAGAAGUGUGAUUAUGGGACUUGUAGCUGGGACUAUUCUUCUAUGCUUAAUUUGGAUCUUAACAAUAUAAUUUUCCUAAAUGCAAUAAAAGCUUUUUCGAGGCUGAAGAUCAGAUUGGGUGGCACUUUGCAAGAUAAAGUCAUCUAUCAAACUGAAGAUCACUUGCAACCCUGCAUUCCAUUUGCUCAAAACAUGUCUGAGUUGUUUAAUUUCACCAAGGGAUGCCUUCCCUUGUCCAGAUGGGAUGAACUGAAUUCCUUCUUUAAUAAAUCUGGGGCUUUAGUUGUUUUUGGACUAAAUGCACUGAAUGGAAGAUCCAUACGGUCGGAUAAUUCUACUGUGGGAGCUUGGAAUUCUAGCAAUGCUGUUUCUCUUAUUCGUUACACUGUCAAAAAGGGCUAUAACAUUUAUGGUUGGGAACUAGGGAAUGAAUUGAGUGGAAAUGGAGUCGGGGUACAUGUUGCAGCAGAUCAAUAUGCAUCUGACACGAUUGUAUUGCACGAUCUAAUACAAGACAUUUACAAAGGAGUUGAUGUCAAACCGAGAAUCAUAGCACCAGGAGGAUUCUAUGAACCGAGCUGGUUCAGACGAUACAUAGGUAAAACAGAGGGAUCAGUAAAUGUGAUCACUCAUCACAUAUAUAAUCUUGGCCCAGGAGUCGAUGAGCACCUUAUUGAAAAGAUUCUUGAUCCAUCUUAUCUUGACGGUGAGGCUGAUGUAUUCAGGGGGCUCAAGAACAUCCUCAGAAGUUCUGCAACUUCAGCAGUUGCAUGGGUUGGUGAGUCGGGAGGGGCUUACAACAGUGGCCGCAAUCAUGUUACAAAUGCAUUUGUGUUCAGUUUCUGGUAUCUGGAUCAACUCGGGAUGUCAUCAGCUUUUGAUACAAAAACAUAUUGCAGACAAACUCUAAUUGGUGGCAACUAUGGUUUACUUAGUACCACGACCUUUGUUCCAAAUCCAGAUUACUACAGUGCUCUUCUUUGGCACCGAUUAAUGGGGAGGUCUGUUCUGUCGACAAUUUUUUCUGGGACAAAGAAGAUCCGUGCUUAUGCUCAUUGCGCAAAGCAAUCUCAAGGUAUCACUUUAUUGCUAAUAAAUCUAGAUGGAAACAAUACUGUGGAGGCAAAAGUCAACUUCAAUGGAACUCUGGUGGACCGACAUGAAGAUAGACAUCAUAGACAUAGAUCGAAAGUGAGUAAGAUGCAUCAGGCAAAUGAAGCUCGUGGAACAAGAGAAGAAUACCACCUGACGGCUAUGGAUGGAAACAUACAGAGCCAGACUAUGCUUCUCAAUGGGAAGGCUUUAAUCACGGAUUCAUCUGGGGCUAUACCGCUUUUGGAACCUAUUACAGUAACUUCUUCUGAACCUAUAAGAGUUGCUUCUUUCUCUAUUGCAUUUGUUCAUAUGCCGUAUGUUGCUCUCCCUGCUUGCAAGUAGGUGGGAGAAAACGAGCAUUUUAGGUGGUUCCUUGUAUUUUUUUCAACCCAUUUUUGUAAGCGCACACAUUUUUAUGAAGAUCACAUGU